AUGAAUAAAAUAUAAAUGACAUUUUCUCUCAUCAAUAUGAUGAUUGGUGAGACAGCUUUAGUACUGCCUGUUUUAUUCAAUUAAGAAGGAUAUAUAUCUUGCAUAGUUGUUCUUAUUCUUUAAGGAUUUAUAUCCUACAAAACUUGUGGCAUAUUGGUUGCAAAUCUAAAGCCAAAAGAAAGCGACGUUUCAGAUACAAUAUAAAGAAUUUUGGGCAUAAAAUGGUGGAAGUUUUUCUAAAUUUUAAGUUCCAUUUAUCUCUACUUAGUUGCAUUGCAGUAUUUCCUGCUUUGCAAUAAUAUGGUUUAUCGUAUGAUCACAUUUUUAAUGCUGGUAAGCGGGAAUGAUAACUUCGCUGCUCCUUCUCAGUUAAGUUACAGCUAGUUUUCUUUACAAUAUUUAGGAUAUAUUUCAGCAAUACCAAUAGGAUUUCUUACAUUCAUAAGAAAAAUGGACAUUUUAGUUAAAAUAUCUGAAUAUGGCAUUUAUUCUAUAUUUUCAUUUGUUAUCUUUAUUUUUACUGUAUUCAUUUCUAAUGUUGCAUCUGGUAGAUUAAGCCAUAGUUCAUCUUCAGUUAAAUUAUGGUCUUUUGAUAUAGGAAAUGUAUCAGGAGCAUCUGCUAUUGGUUAUUCAGUCCAUACUACUAUAGGUCCUGUAAUAAAAUAACAUAAAAAUUAAGAAGAAAACUAUAAAGUCUUAGGCUUUGCCUAUUUUAGUGUAUUUUUGAUUUAUCUAUCAAUAGGCUUAUUUGGAGGAUUAGGGAUUUUAGGAAGGGAUCUCAGAGCUGAAUUCGGAGAAAACAUAAACGAUUACUUUUCAUAGACAGAUAUAUCUAUAUUUAUAGUUCAGAUUCUCUAUUUUAUAAAUCUUAUAACAUGUUUACCUAUGUCAUUCUUUAUAUCUAGAUAAAGACUCUUCCAAUUUUUCUACAGUGAAAGAGAACCUCCAGAAUAACUAUUUAUUGGGUUUAACUUAUUUUAUGUAUUUCUAUGCAUUGUCUUGCAAAAUAUCCCCUCAAUUAAAUCAGAAGAUCUAAUGAAUGUAAAUGGUGCCAUUACCUGCUUCUUCACAAUGUACUUAAUCCCUAUCAUAUUACACUUUCAAGCAUAUCAUGGAUAGGACUCGUUAAUGCUUAAGCUAAAAAAGAGUAUAUCUAAGCUAGGUGUUAUAGAUGACUCCGAAAUAGCCUUAGAAAGCACUUUGCUAUCCGGUGUCAAAAGUCAAAAAGAGGACAAAUACAAUUUAUUUAUAAACGAGGACGAAGAUUCAGAUGAUGACUAAAACGAAGAUGUUACUUCAUCAAAGCAGAAUCAAUAAAAUCCUAAAUAAAUGAAAUAAACUCUCAAAGAUAAAAAAGAAUUCGAAUAAUAAAAGAAGAAACUGAUUGAAAACCAAUCUAAAAACUUUUCUAUUAUUUUUUACGGGGUAAUUGGUUUGAUUGGUUUAAUAAGUUUAAUAUAUGGUAUUGUUGCAUUAUCAAGGAAGUUCUUUAGCUCAAAUCCCGAUUCCAUAUUAGAUGAUUGA